AUGAACGGUAAGAUAGAACGGUUUUGGCAGAAUAUAGAAAUCGAGAAUGUGAGUUGGGAAGAUAUUCAAAAUUUAAUCGAGAAUUACAACUCAACUCCGCAUACAAAAUUGCCUCGUAACCCAGCACUUCACACGUGGUAUACUCCCAAUAAAUUUUAUGAAGUUGCAGAAAAAUUUGAUUCAUCAAAAGAGCCACUCUGGAUAGUUGACGGUGAAGUCAAAGAUCUCAGAACCUCCUUACAGCAUUUCAGACAAAGAAGGGCAAAUUCGGCACAUUAA